AAUGUUCUUGCAGCGUAAAAAAAAAACACGCUUUAAACUUUCUGUUUUAAGUGUUUAUUGCUCGUCCCAGUUCAGUUUGUUGCAGCUAUAAUUUACCUGAUAAGUAGUCAUUUAGAGUCUGAUUCAAAGAAAAGAUCCGAGUCAAAAGAAUGAUUCAUUCGCGAAUCGGACACCGGUAGAUGCGACUUAUUUUAUCUCUACAGCCAUGAAUGCACGUUUAGUUUUCUUUUAUGAUUAGUUUUAUUAACUUAUCAGUAGUGUUUAAUAAGCCGGUCAAGGGUUACCGACAUAAAUUGCAUCAAAAGAGGUUACAUUUCUUUAUAUGCGGGUUUUUAGGAUGUUGUUUUGUUUUUAAAGGACUAGAUUGUGAACUGUGAUAGGUAAUAGUUGGUUUUCUCUCAAUUAUUGGAGAUCAGUAGUAUCACAAUUAUAAUGGCAAGUAUGCUUGUUGAUUUGGACGUUGAGAGUCUUGGUCCAGAGGUCCAAAAAGCAGACAAACCAGACUUUUCAGCAACAAGGAAACUGUACUCUCAUGUCAAGAAAAUGGCAUUUGCAAAAUUUGUGGCAUCCAAGAAAGUUCUUCCAACCUGUGAAAACAGCUCACCAGCUCUUUGGCACUGCUGUGGACAGCCAUUCAAAGAGUCAUCUUCAAUCCACAAACAUAUUGCCAACAGCCAUGCCAGUGAGAUUCACCAGCGGACCACUGAGACACUGGACGUGAUGCUCUAUCAGGCUCAUAGCGAGGAAGAGUCCAUUAAUGAAGAAUCAACAGAUAUAUCAUCCUGGAUCCCUGAUACAAACCAUAUCCCAGAGGAUGACCUCGUCAAGGGUCCAGGUGAAGUUCUGCUAUAUUACAGCUACUGUCAGUUAAAUGAUCCUCAGAUCAUUUGUCAGUGGCAGAAAGAGCUUUGUUUAAAACUUAAAAUAACAGGCAAGGUACGAGUGGCUACUGAAGGUAUCAAUGGAACGGUUGGUGGCACCAAAACAGCCACUAAUCUUUACAUCAAGGCAAUGCUGUCACAUCCAACCUUCAAAAUAAUGCAAGUACAGGAUUUCAAGAAAAGUGAAGGAGGUGCAGCGUGCUUUUCUGAUUUGAAGGUCGGUGUUUACAAAGAAAUUGUUCCUAUGGGUGUAGAUCCAGAUAUCAUUUCCUCCAGAUUGGCUGGAAUACACUUGGAACCAGAGGAAUUUCACAAAGAAGUGAAGGUGUUUGUGGAGAAUCAGUCCUCAGGCAAUGAUACAAUACUUCUGGACUGCAGAAACUUCUAUGAGAGCAAAAUUGGGCAGUUCAAUCAGUGUUUGGCCCCCGACAUCCGGAAAUUCAGCUACUUCCCAGACUACGUGGAUAAAAAUUUGGAUCUCUUCCGGGACAAAAAGGUUCUGAUGUACUGUACAGGAGGCAUCCGCUGUGAGCGAGGCUCGGCUUAUCUCAAAUCAAAAAAUGUAUGCAAGGAGGUGUAUCAGCUAAAAGGAGGCAUUCACAAAUACUUAGAGCAGUUCCCCGAUGGCUUCUACCGCGGUAAACUCUUUGUGUUUGAUGAACGUUAUGCCAUCGCAUUUAAUGAGGACGUCAUUUCAGAGUGCAGAUACUGUAGUUGUCCGUGGGAUCAAUAUCAGCUGUGCUCCACAGACUUCUGCUGCCAGCUGGUUUUGUCAUGCACCACCUGCAGAGAGCACGGCCUGACGGCCUGCUGUCCUGUGUGCCAAGUCAAAGAGCAAAACCACAGCGACGUCCCCUCCGAUGGGCUUUCUCACCAAGAAGAAUGCGAAUGCACAAUGUCACGUCCCAGAAUCCCCAAAGAUACACUAUGACAAACUCAAUGAG